AUGAAGAGAAGAAACGAAACUGAAGUUACAGAAUUUGUCCUGACUGGAUUUUCAAACUUCCCAGACUUGCAGUUGGUGCUGUUUGUUGUAUUUUCCCUCAUGUAUUUGGCAUCUCUUUCUGGAAAUGUUAUAAUUAUGGCUAUAAUCUGGCUGAAUCGCAGUUUGCACAUUCCCAUGUAUUUCUUCCUCUCACUCUUGUCCUUCUCAGAAAGCUGCUACACAUUUGUCAUUGUCCCCAACAUGCUGGUAACUCUUCUCUUGGGAAGGAAGACGAUCUCUUUUGCUGGAUGUGUGACACAAAUGUUUUUCUUCAUCGGCAUUGCGUGCACUAACUGCCUAAUCCUCAUUGGGAUGGGAUAUGACCGCUAUGUGGCCGUGUGCCACCCCUUGCAUUAUCAUCUUAUGAUGAACAGGAGAGUUUGUUUGCAGUUGGGAGCUUCUUUGGCAGUGAGUGGCUUCUUUUUCUCAUUUAUUGAGACAUACCUUGUAUUCCACUUGCCCUUCUAUGGAGGAAACAGAAUUGACCACUACUUCUGUGAUGUUGCACCUGUGGUCAAGUUGGCUUGCCCUCCUGAUCAGAACACUGAAGCUGUGAUUUUAGCACUCUGUACAAUAUUUAUCCUUGGCUCCUUUCUCUCUGUCAUCCUUUCUUAUUUUUUCAUCUUUGUCACUGUCCUAAGAAUUCCCUCUGCAGAGGGGAAGCGCAAAGCAUUUUCUACCUGUACCUCCCACCUUAUUGUUGUGAUUGUGCACUUUGGAUGUGCUUCUGCCACCUACUUAAGGCCAAUCUCCAGUUACAUCCCUGGAAAAGACAUCAUGGUGUCUAUCAUGUACACACUAGUAACUCCACUUUUGAAUCCCAUUGUCUACAGUCUUAGAAAUAAAGACAUCCAAACUGCUCUCAGAAAACUCCUUAUCAAAGAAAUCCUCAACUGGAGAACAGGAAGAACUCAUGCUCUUGUGUUGUGA